AUGGCGGAGGUGGGCAGGGUGGCCGUGGGCGACCCCUGUGCGCUGCUCCCGGGGGGCUUCUGGGCCGCCAUGGCCGUGUGGCUGGAGAGGCCGCAGGUGGCCAACAAGCGUCUGUGCGGCGCCCGCCUGGACGCCCGCCGGAGCGCCGCCCUGCCCCGUGCCAGACAGAACGCAGGCUCCGAGCCGGAGGAGCGGGAGCCAGGACCUGACCCGCGGGCCCCCGAGGGCAGCCCGAGCCCCAGGCCGCGAGCGAGAGCCGAGGAGGGCACGGCGGGGCGCGUACCCGGGGAUCCCGGGCGGCCGAGCAGGGCUGGGGGCGGCGGGCACGGCUUCCCCGCGGCAGACCUGGAUUCUCUCUGGGGGGAUUUCUCCCGAAGCCUCGCCAGCGACAGUGGGGAGAUGCUGGCCUUCCUUGCCGGUUCCGAGGCUGGCUCGCAGGAAGACGCGCCGCGCGAACUCGACGUGCUGCUCAGAACCAUCAUCCCGAAGACAAAGCCUCGGUGCCCGCUCACUGCUCCCAGGACAGAAAUGGUCGUGCAGGACCCAAUCCGUGGGGCUGUGACAUUCUUCCCAUUGGAAGAAGAUGCUGAUGGGAAUUUAAGGAUUCAGAUGAGCAAUGUUUACCAGAUCCGGCUAUGUCACGGCCCACAGGAAUGGUUCCUGUCUGUCUUAAUUUUCUGUCCAGAAAGGUGGCAUUGUGACGGGGUUGUGUAUCCCAGAUCCAGCUGGCUAGGACAGGAGCUGCUGGCCAGGCUGGCCAGGUGGUCAGUGGAGAACAGGAAGACUGACUUUAAAAGCACCCUGUCCCUCGUUUCCGUUGAGAAGUACGGCAGGCUCUACCAGGAGCUGAAGGCGAGGUACAAGGAGCUGGUGAAGGUGUGGCCUGAAGUGACAGAUCCGGAGAAGUUUGUGUAUGAAGACGUGGCCAUCGCUACCUACCUGCUGGUCCUGUGGGAAGAGGAGCGGGCAGCGCGAGGGCAGAGCCAGAGGCAGUCCUUCGUGGACCUGGGCUGCGGGAACGGCCUCCUGACCCACAUCCUCUCCAGCGCCGGGGUCUGCCUCGUUGGCAUGUCCAGGACGUACCCGCCCGCCAGGGAGGCCUCUGUGGAUGAGCACAGGACUCAGUACAUCCACAGCCAGAGGAGUCCCGGGGGCCGUCCCCCCAGGGCACAGGACCAGGCUGGCCCCCAGGACGCCGGGGCUGCGGCCGAGCCCGUGCCCACUGAGGUCCCGGCGGAAGGACUCUGGCUGCCAGGGUUCCAGCCUCGAGCGAAAGUGGAGCGCGUGAGGAACGCUACCAGUCUCCCUCGCGACGUCACCGACCAGGCGGUUCUGCAAGUGGCACGUCUGCUGUUGGGCGGGAAGCAGUUACGCAGCGGAGGGAGCACUCAGGACGCCGCUGGGAAGGCCUGGGACCGAGGAGGGAGCCUCUCCUUGUCGGAAGUCGCCAGCAAGCUGGACCCAGAGACACUGCAGAGACUGAAGCAGGAGUCGGGGGGGCUGCAGACGCUGCUCCGGAACCACCACCAGGUGUUCGCAGUUCAGAACGGACGCAUCCGCUUCCGGGACUGGCGAGAGGAGCAGCCGCAGAGGGCCACGCGGCCGGGGCGCAGGCGGGGGCGGGGCGUCGAGACCUUCAAAACCCGCCCCUGCUGGUUCUUCACGUACCACCCCGAUGGCUGUGCCCUGCCGGCCGCCAGCUGCCUGUUCGCCCACGGCCCCGAGGAGCUGCGGGCCGCCCCGAGGGCCCGGAGGCCCGCCCCGCCCCCGGAGGCCUGA